AUGGAAUUGUCUGACAAACUGACUACUGUUUCUACACAGAGGGAGUACACUGUGGAGGAAAUCGAAGAAUAUCCUCCUUCUCCCAUCGACCUUCCUCUGACACAAGUUCUCGAAGAUCGCGAUUUGCGGAAAGAUUCGGAUAGUGUUGACAGCGACGAUGACUGCAUGCACGGUGAAGCUGUAUUGAACUGUUUUUUUCAUGUCGCACAUGCAUUUGCCACCAAGCGCAGUUAUGUGGCGAAAAUGAAUGACAAAACGUUCUCGGCACCGAAGGGAACUGCUUACAGACAUGUGUGCAGAAUUGCUAGCACCAAGACAGUUGAACAGCGUCGUGUUGUGACAUCAUUGUACCUGCAAGACUGGAGAGAAAAUCGUGGAGAGAAGAAUGCUGCAGAUCAUCUCGAACGUGAAUACUGCUGCUAUCCUAAGUACAACUGGAAUUAUGCAUGCAGUGGUGAGGUUGGUGUUUACCCCUCGAACUGUCCAAACGAAAGCUUCAAUCGACAUGGCAUUAAGAGCAUAGCUGCUGACUGCUCGAAGAAUGCGUCGUUAGCAGCAUUCCUGGUACACACAGCCCCGCGACUGCUUCAGGAAGAUGCUAAUACGAGGAGCGAUCCAUGCACUAUCGAAAUUCCACGAACAUCAUCCAUCUUUGCUGUAGCGGCGACUGGAUUCUUAAAAGAGGGUACCGAUGUUGUCCAGCUUGGAGUCGACGAAUAUGGCAAGCCAUCCAGCUGGUUGUGCAACUUAGGACACAAGGUUGGUGUCCCUAUUGAUACACGACGAAUACGCAUGGUAAAUGCAGCAAUUGAUGGUGAUCCGCGUCCCUUCCAAGCAGAGCUUGCUCAAAUUGGACUCGAUUUACCUGACUCGAUAGCCGAUGCUAUGGUCCGAAUGACUGACACAGUUUGUCAUUUGCAAUGGAAGCAAGGGAAUAUUGUGGGAGAUUGCCAAAACUGUGUGAAACACUUGGGAUACAGUUGCCCAGGUGCCAUCUUUCUUCGUAGCAAGCACAACCUGCUCAAUUGUCCCUUGUCAAACUUACGAAAGACAAGUGCCAAUGCCAGAGGAGACGUUGCCAAGGCUUGUGCUAGAGGAAACACCAAGAAAAUGUACCAGAGCGGCCUACCCAAAACCUCUAAGCGACGCUGUCUUUCGAAAAUGCUAGAGUCAUUCGAUGCAUAUCUGGCAACUCUCAACCAUCAGCAGCUUUCGAAGUUAGUUCUGUACUAUCGUCUGUUUCCAAGACAUGUUCCCAGUAUUGAUCCAGUGAAGGGAUGGACCACACAGAAUCUUCUCGACACUCUUCUUUCGUUUCAUGACAACCCAACUGGACAUCGUGCAAUGCUAUUGGCCAGACCUCGCGAGCAACCGACAUCUUAUUCUGUGGUAAAGACUAUUGCCGAGAAGAUUCAACAAACCACGGCUUCCCUUCCACAAAAGGAGAACAAUUGUUAA